AUUGGAGGGGUCAGCCAUAAGGAAAGGAAGGUAGGUUACAGCAGGUUACACGUGUAGUUCUUAACCUCAAAUUGCUUCAAGCCGAUGCGCGUGUUUUCUCAAUGAAGUGAAGUGAUGGGUGCUCCAAAGAAAGCUUUAAAAAGAAAGCAGGGAAUAUCAAAACUCAAACCAGAUGCUGAAAGUAGUAAAAAUGAAGAAAGUAAUUCCGAUAACGCUGUGGAUUUUGGUACAGAAGAUUUAUUAGCGGCCGAGUUAAAUGGUGAUGGCGACAGUACUGAUGAAGAAAUUGAAGAGAAUGAAGUUCCUGAUUCUGAUGCAGAACAAGAUCCUACGAUUUUUGAUUCAGAUGAUCCUGAUGAGAGUUUAAUCGAAUUUGAAACUGGAUCUGAAGACAAUGAUUCUGAAGAGUUAGAAUUUGAAGAGGACGAUGAUGUUGAUGACGAUGAUGAUGAAGAGGAAGAGGAGGAUGAGGAUGAGGAUGAAAACGAAGAAGAAGAACAUGAAAAUUCCGAAUCAGAGGGCAAUACUCCGCCACCAAAAACUAACAAUAAAUCAUUAAUAAAAUCUAGCAUAGGAAAGGAAGAUAGCUCAAAUAAUUCCUUUUCAAGGAGGGAUAAUACAGUACUUGAUAAGAUGACAGAAAGACAACAUAAGUCAAAGAAUCAGAUAGAGCAAAAAUCAAGCAAUAUGAGAAAUACGAGCAGGCAAAAGAACUCACAGAAAUCAGUAAAUACAAAAAUCAGUUCUAUUAAACCACAUAUUACUAACUUAUCCUCAGGUGCCGAUGAGUAUGAAAAUGACACCUCCGAUGAAGAAGAUAUUCGUAAUACUGUUGGUAAUAUACCAAUGAAGUGGUAUGAUGAAUAUCCUCACAUUGGAUAUGAUUGGGAUGGUAAAAAAAUUUUAAAACCACAAAAGGGAGAUCAGUUGGAUAAUUUCCUCAAAAGAAUGGAAGAUCCUGAUUUUUGGAGGACUAUUAAAGACCCCCAGACAGGACAAGAUGUUAUUUUAAGUGAAGCAGAUAUUGACUUGAUUACAAGGAUUCAAAAACAAAAAAUUCCAGACGCUCAAUUUGAUGAAUAUGCACCUUGGGUGGAAUGGUUUACAUCUGAAGUAAUGAAAAUGCCUCUUCGCAAAUUCCCAGAACACAAGCGUUCGUUUUUACCAUCAAAAGUGGAAGCUAAAAAAGUUUCAAAAUUAGUUCAUGCUCUUAAAAUGGGUUGGAUAAAAUCUACUGCAGAAUUGGAAAAGGAAAGAGCACAAAAGAACAAAGAUCCACAAUUUUAUAUGCUUUGGCAGACAGACGAUCAACCUGAAGAAAUGCGCAGAAUUCACAAACAUAUACCAGCUCCAAAAAGACAUCUUCCAGGUCACGCGGAAAGUUAUAAUCCACCACCAGAGUACUUGUUUGACAGUAAAGAACUGAAACAAUGGAACAAAUUAAAAUCCACACCAUGGAAAAGGAAAUUACAUUUUGUUCCACAAAAAUUUAACUCUUUAAGAGAUGUACCUGCCUAUCCUAGAUACAUUAAGGAGAGAUUCCAGAGGUGUCUAGAUUUGUAUCUUUGCCCCAGAGCAUUGAAAAUGAGAUUAACUAUCGACCCAGAGGUAUUAGUACCGCAGUUACCUAGUCCUAAAGAUUUACAGCCAUUCCCAACCAUAAUGUCCAUGGUAUUUAAAGGCCAUACCGAUAUGGUUAGGAGUAUCACUGCUGAAGCAAAGGGUCAAUUUAUAGCAUCCGGUGGUGAUGAUAUGACUUUGAAAAUAUGGGAAGUGGCAACUGGUAGAUGUCUAAAAACUGUGCCAUGCGGUGGUAUCAUAAGAAGUGUUGCAUGGUGUCCUAACCAAGCUAUAUCUCUUAUUGCUGUGGCAGCUGAUAAAAAGGUGCUCUUGAUAAAUCCUGGAGUUGGUGAUCACUUGAUCACGAGUAAAACAGAUCAACUUUUAGAAAUAAUACCACAAAGUGACGUUAUUGUAAAUGAAAGAGUAAAAGCAGCAGUCCAAUGGGAACAAACGGAGGGUGAAAACUGGCAGAAAGGAAUUCGUGGGAUACUAAAUCAUUUCCAAAAUGUCAAACAAGUAACGUGGCAUGGCAAGGGAGACUAUUUCGCCACAGUUAUGCCAGAAGGUCAAAAUAGAUCUGUCUUAAUAAAUCAAUUAUCAAAAAGACGGUCUCAGAUACCAUUCAGUAGAUCUAAAGGUCUCAUACAAUGUGUUCUGUUCCAUCCUAUACGACCAUUCUUAUUUGUUGCAACACAAAGGAACGUACGAGUGUACGAUUUGAUGAAGCAGGAAAUGGUGAAAAAAUUACUCUCAAAUUCACAAUGGAUAUCAACAAUGGCUAUACAUCCUGGUGGUGAUAAUAUUCUGGUCGGCACCUAUGAUCGUAAAAUGCUUUGGUUUGAUUUGGACUUGAGUACAAAACCGUACCAGACAUUACGUUUACAUGGAACAGGUGUUCGUGGUGUCGCUUUUCACAAACGUUAUCCAUUAUUUGCAUCUGGAGCUGAUGACAGAGGACUUAUCAUUUCUCACGGAAUGGUCUACAAUGAUCUGUUACAAAAUCCAUUGAUCGUGCCCCUGAAGAGAUUGUGUAAUCACGAAUCAUACAAUGAUUUUGGAAUAUUGGACGUCAUGUUUCAUCCAAUUCAGCCAUGGGUAUUCUCCGCUGGAGCAGAUGCUACUAUACGAAUGUAUACCUAAUUACGGUCAAUCAUUAUUACUUCUUAUGUAGAAGCGUAUUGUGUUAUUCCUGAUAAUAUAAUUGUAAUUGGUAUUAUUCACGCUCCACCAAUUACAUUGAUCAAUCUUUAUUUC